AUGCCGGGAGCGCGCAGUGGCGGCAGCGGCGGCGGCGACGGCAGUAGCGGCGGCGGCGGCGACAGCGGGGACGCGAGCGGGGCGGUGACCGUGUGGGAGGUGGUCUCACUCUUAGCGAAACUGUUGGGCACCGUCGCCGCGCUGAAGGUGGUUCUGUACCUGCUCCGAGUGUGCUUAGCGAUGGCCUGGAAAUCCGGCGGCGCCAGCCACUCGGAGCUAAUCCACAAUCUCCGCAAAAAUGGUAUCAUAAAGACAGAUAAAGUGUUUGAAGUUAUGCUGGCUACGGAUCGCUCCCACUAUGCCAAAUGUAACCCUUAUAUGGAUUCUCCACAAUCAAUAGGUUUCCAAGCAACAAUCAGUGCUCCACACAUGCAUGCAUAUGCACUAGAACUUCUGUUUGAUCAAUUACAUGAAGGAGCUAAAGCUCUUGAUGUAGGAUCUGGAAGUGGAAUCCUUACUGCAUGUUUUGCACGUAUGGUCGGAUGUAGUGGAAAAGUCAUAGGAAUUGAUCACAUUAAAGAGCUAGUAGAUGACUCAAUAAACAACGUCAGAAAGGAUGACCCAACACUUUUGUCUUCAGGGAGAGUGCAACUGGUUGUGGGGGACGGGCGAAUGGGCUAUGCUGAAGAAGCCCCGUAUGAUGCUAUUCAUGUCGGAGCUGCAGCCCCAGUCGUGCCCCAGGCACUAAUAGACCAGUUAAAGCCUGGUGGAAGAUUGAUAUUGCCAGUUGGUCCUGCGGGUGGAAACCAAAUGUUGGAGCAGUACGAUAAGCUACAAGAUGGCAGCGUCAAAAUGAAGCCUUUGAUGGGGGUGAUAUAUGUGCCUUUAACAGAUAAAGAAAAGCAAUGGUCUAGGUGGAAGUGAUUUUAUCUUCUGCUCUUUUCUUCUUCCACACGUGCAAGGUGAAAGGGGAUGAACUCUAAGAACAUCAGCUUGACCAGCCUAUGAUAUUUCAGUGGAUUGCUCAUCUCAGUCCUCAAAGCUUUUUGGAAACCAACAGCAUCACAGCUUGUUUUGGACUUUGUCACACUGUUAUUUUCAGCAUGAAAAUGUGUGGUUUUGUAGGGUUUUCUAAUUCUUCAAAGAGGCACAGAGCCCGACUGGCAGAGGAGGGCUGCAGAGUAGGCAGAGCGUGUGUUACUUCUUUCACAUGCCCACAGUUUACCUUAAAAUAGGAAAAGAAGGGGUUCUGCAAAAUGGAAAAUUUUAGUUUAUGACUGAUUUUGAGGAGUGGUUUUCCUUUUCUUGGACACUUAAUUUUGUUCUGAUGUUAAUUUAUCAAAUUUCUUCUGUGUAUCAGAUAACACCACCAUUCACAAGUUAAGAUUCUUGGUAUUUGGAUAUCUGUUAGAUGCUACUAAGAAAUAGAGAUGAGCUUUCUUUUUAAAGCUUUUGAUGUGGUGUCAUAGAAUAGCAUGUUAUAGAUACAGUCAGCUGCUUUGUUACCUUCCAACUAGGCACUGUAAAUACCGAAACUGAGGAUGGCAGGCGUCAGCACUCUGCUGCUCUGAUUGGACUGACUGACAUAGUUCGUUCUUCCUCUCUAAAAGUGAUAGGGGACUUGUAGCUUAGCCUUGUUUGUGUGUGUGUGUUUCUAAUUUGCUGCUGAUAAUGUAUACGAAUCUAACAUGCUGUGUAAACUGUGUCUUUGUUACUGCACAGUUUAUGCAGUGCUGCUUUGCCAAAUAAAAGUUCAAAGCAAAA